AAAUGAGUCUAUCACCGAAAGAAUUAACGAAACUGAUGGUGAUCCUGGAUGAAGAAAAUAUGGAAACACCAUUGGAUAACCUAAUAAAACAAUUACACCAAGAAUUUCCAUCAAAAGACAAAUUCAAAGUUGGUUUGACAUUAGUACUUUUAUUACAACAAGUAGACUUGUUACCAAAUCACAUUUCUCGAUUGAUAGCGAUAUCAAUGCUCUAUCAUCUAUAUCCCGGUGAGCAGUUUUCCUCGACACCAUUCGCAAAUGUUUUUAACCAGAUGCUAAAACCAGCAGACAAUUUAAGUAACCAAGACCUCAAAUCGCAGUCAUCUGGACAUUUAUCACAAAGUGAAACAAAAUUUGUCGCCAGUCUGAUAGCUCAUCACAGUGUCGAUAUGCUGAAACUCACUCCCCGGCAAGUAUUCGAAGAAUUAUAUUUUACGUCACUGUCUAGUGUUGAGCAGCUGACUAAAUUCCAACUUAAAUUGGCUGAAAGUACCUCGGAAUUUCCCAGUAUUAGUAAAUGCGGUAUUCCAAUUAUUUUACCCGAUUCAGAUGGUAAAAAAAUCGAGGCAAAGAAAACAGACAAAAAAGAUAUCAUAGAAAAUUUAAUAGACGGUGAUCCUCCUCUGUGUAGUCAAAAUUACCGCCCAGAAUUUUUGCGUCUCGCGCCUCCGCUGUACGACCACCCAGCUGGUGGCUUAAAGUGGAUGUCAGUAACGGAGCCGUCACAGUUUUCCCCAGAGUACGAUGUCAAUAUGUGCGUAUCAAACAGCGCUGGUGCUGAAGCUCGUAGACUGAUGAGAAAAGCCUUCACCAAAGUCCUGACUCCACAGCAGCAGCAACACCUGAGCACAGAAUUAAAGAAGGAUCCAAAAUUAGUUUAUCACAUCGGUUUGACUCCAAGUAAAUUACCGGAGUUAGUGGAAAAUAAUCCACUGAUAGCCAUUGAGGUUCUGUUGAAAUUAAUGCAGUCAAGCCAGAUCACAGAGUACUUCAGUGUCCUGGUGAACAUGGAGAUGUCAUUACACUCAAUGGAAGUGGUGAAUCGUCUUACGACAACAGUCGACUUGCCAACGGAGUUUGUUCAUCUCUACAUCAGCAAUUGUAUAUCAACUUGUGAAACAAUCAAAGAUCGUUACAUGCAGAACCGUCUCGUAAGACUGGUCUGCGUAUUUCUGCAAUCGUUAAUUAGAAAUAAAAUAAUUAAUGUACAGGAACUGUUUAUUGAAGUGCAAGCUUUCUGUAUUGAAUUCAGUAGAAUUAAAGAAGCUGCGGCUUUAUUCCGGUUACUUAAACAGCUUGAGUCUGGUGACGUCGCUGGUCUCAAUGCAUCAACGACUAAAAAAAAUCUUGAUGUAUCCUAAUAACUACGAUUAUAGAAUAGAUAAAUUUAUUCAAUUAAAAAUUAAUUAACCCUUGAAGUCGUUAAUUAAUUUCUUUGCUUUUUGUGAAAGCCGAAUUAGAAGCUAAUUUUUUUAAUCUGAUAUUUGAGAUUUGGAAGUAUAAUGAACGUUUAAUAAAAUUGUAUAAAAGUACUGAGGGUUAAUUAAAACAAAAUUUAAUGAAUUAUUUGUAUGAUAAUUUACAUUAAAUUAUAAUCAUGUGUUCUAA